UGAAUCGGUGAACUACGCGUUUUGAAAUUUCUCUGUGUUCGAACCGGAUGAUUACCGUUGGAUUUCUUCCUCGACAACGAACGGCGUUGCUUUUAUGUGCUCUUUGUGGAGCCUUUAACCAGAUUUAGCGGCCAGUGAAUUCGAGAAAUUUUGUGAUUUACUGCUACGUUUGAAGUCUGAAGCGUGCAUUAUGGCUUCGAGAUGGAGCUGGGUACCUUAUUGCAAAAAUGCGAACGCGAAAUUAGCCAUUAAAACUUCUAUUUGGGUUCCCAAUAUACGUAAACACAUCUCACAAGCCGUAAGUAUGCAUGGAACAUUUUCUGGAACAGCAUUACAUCUGCCACUCGAAGGAGUUGUGAUCCAGUUAAAUUUCGAAAUCACGAAAUCCCCUUUGCGAAGAAGCAUUGCAGGAUUUCAAUGCAAGCGAUCCAGUGAAAGGAAGCAAAGGAAUAAUUUUCUUCGAUGUGCAUUCACGCAUUUCAAUAGUGCGUCAUAAAGUGAUUCUCUAAUGUUCACUUUAUAUUUCAGAUGUUCAGAUUCAAAAUUCACCACAAAUGUCAGUGGCUGUUACUCCUGAUCUUUGUGCACAGGCAACAAUUCAAACUGAAAUAGCUACAUCAUGUGUGGCAGAUGCAUAUGCUAGCCUUGUAAAUGGACUUUUAAUCCUAUUUGAGGUGUCACUUCAAGUUCUUAUGGAUGUUUCUCAUGAUCCUUGUACCAUUGGUGAUCUAAGUCAUUCUGGAAGAUAAAUCUGUGGGUUCAGUGUAUGAUCCUCUUCCAAAGAGGUCUUCUGAAGAAUUCACAAUAAUUGUGAAUUGACCCCAAAUGACAGUAAGUGUUCGGUUCCUGGUGCAAUCAAAUAUAUGAACUUAGACAAUCCAAUUUCAAAAUUAAAUUGUGGUGCUUAGGAAUUGUUGGACCUGUUACAUUUCUCUCUUAGUAAAUUAUUGUUUUAAAAAUGAAUGUUGUUUCACAGUGGAUCUCAUCUUUGAACAGCCUAAACUGUGCAUGUGUAAGUUAGGCAUAGGUAAAUAAACUAAUUUUGUCAAAUAUUUAUUGACUAACAAAAACAUUCUUAGGCUGCAACUAGUAAAAGAUGAUUUUCAGGGCAUGCAUAGCAUUCUCAAAGUUGAAGUUUUUGCACUAGUGCUUAAAGUGGGACAAUGCUCAAAUGUUCAGAUAAAACUUCGAAAGCAACAAAAAAAUACUUUCGUGUGACCUAAUCAGGUACUACUGACAUUAAUGUAACAUAGUUCAUAAUAACACAUUCAGGUCCGAACGGCUUUAUUAUAAUUUUAUUGUUAUUUUCUGAAAAAUUGUAAUAUUUUUCUACACGUCCGGGUGUAUUUGAAAAUUCUAUGAUCGUCCUAACAAGUCUAAUUAAUAAUCUGUUUAGCUAUGGCAAGUUCCAUGAAAAUAUUUGCCUUAGAAGUUUGUUUGUUACUCACAUGUAGUUCAGACAUUAAAAACCAAUAGGUGUUUUUUU